CCCUCUCUUUCCCACUCUUCUCCAUAUCUCUCUCCUUCUUGUCCCCCUCCCCCCCUCUCUUGUAACACGCCGACGUUAGGUUAGUCUGCAAGACAACCAUGGCCCACUACCCAUGGCCAUGACCCAACAGCAAGCAAGCAUGCCUCUCAAGCCUCCUCUCAACAUGAUCCCUUGAACACCUCUUCAGAAGCGCGGCCCCCGCCUUCGAGAUGCAACACGGGUGCCGGGUGGUGCCAUAGCCUGCGCCCUGUGGGCGCAGUCGGUCCACCUGUGCUGAGAUCAUACCGUUGAGCGGACCAGGAUAAUGCCUGCGUCGCUAGUUGCCUCUCACUUGUUGUCGCGCUCACCCCAGCCCAGCAUGCAACAAGACUGGCACACCAUCCCGAAUGCGCGCGAUUCGACGCCGUGGCACCGUGACAAGGGUCGCCUCAAGCUCAACUUCUUCAUCAGCAUCAUCUAUGUCGGCAUGGUGCUGAACGGCUAUGAUGGCAUGCUCAUCUCUGGCCUCCAAGCUUUCGACAGCUGGCACAACGACAUUGGUCUCACCGAGGACAACCCCAACUACGCUGCUCUUCUUGGUCUUCUUAACGCUGCUGGCCCGCUUUCGGCAUUCGCCAUCGGCCCUGUGAUUACAUACAUCGACCAGAAUUGGGGCCGCCGCUGGGGUCUACGCUGUGAGCUAGUCUACGGCUACACCAUCCUUUUCGGCACGGUCUUGUCGUGCGUUGCGGGUAUCCCGAGUCUCGCAGGCAACAAGGGCUACACCGUUUUCAUCAUUGGGCGCUUUGUCAUGGGUUUCGGCCUCGGGUCGUUCCUCAUCACCUCGCUCAUUCUUGUGCAAGAAAUUACGCACCCGCGCACGCGCAGCCUGAUUGCGGGGGCGUGGAACUCGUUCUGGAUUCUUGGCAGUGUCAUCAUCGCGUGGGUCAACUUUGGCACGUCGCACAUGACGUCUUCGUGGGGCUGGCGCAUCCCGUACCUCCUCCAAAUCCCGAUGGCCUUUUACAUCCUCAUCGCGGUCCAAUUUGUUCCCGAGACGCCCCGUUUCCUCAUCGGCAAGGGCCGCGACGACGCUGCGUUCGACUUCCUCGUCGAGUACCACGGCAACGGUGACCGCGAGGACCCCCUCGUCCUCUUCGAGUAUGACGAGAUGCGCGCCGCGAUCGAGAAGGAGAGACUCGCCAAGGCGGAGAAGUGGAGUGUCAUCCUCCGCGGCCGCUCCAACCGCCACCGUCUCGGCCUCGCUGCUCUCAUGACGUUCCUCACCCAGAUGAGCGGCGCCUCGAUCAUCUACUACUACUACACGAUCGUCUUUGAGCUCGUGGGCAUCACCGACCCUACCGUGCAGACCGGUAUUGCAGCGGGUCUUUCGAUGUUCACGUGGUGCACGCAGAUCGCCGGCGUGUGGUCGAUGAAGUACAUCGGGCGCAAGAGAAUCAUCCUCGGGGUCUGGCCUACCCUCCUCCUUUCGCUCGUCGGCCUGUGCGUCGCGGGUGGCAUGUUCGACCGCUCAGGCUCGACGGACACCAAGAGUGGCGUCGCCACCGUCGUCCUCGUGUGGAUCUACCUCGGCGCAUACAACUACGCCAACCCCGUGCUGUGGAGCUACCCCGCCGAGGUGCAGACGUUCUCGAUGCGCUCCAAGGGCCUGCUGGUGUGGAACUGCUUCACCCAAGUUCAGGCCAUCUACUGCGUCUUCGUUGACUCGAUCGCCCUCAACUCGAUUGGCUACAAGUACUACGCCGUGUACAUGCCGCUGGUCAUCAUCCAGUGGUUCCUCGUCAAGUACUACAUGGUCGAGACGCGCGGCUACACGCUCGAGGAGGUCGCGCUGGCAUUUGACAACGCGAGCUUCUCGAGUCUGCCGAUCGCCGACCACGGUGGCGAGAUGGCCAAGAGCGACGAGCUGCAGCCCAACAAGGUGUGAUCUGCGGCGGCGCGGCGCAGGAGGCCGGCUGCUGACCUGCUGAGCUGCCCCACCCUCCUUUUCCUCACAACGUCGAUAGUUGGAAUGCAAACUGUGCAUAUGC